CAUGAAUUAUGUUUCUGUUUCAAUCAGUCGUGCUGCUCUUGGAUAUGGCUUAAAUAUAUUUCAUAUAUCUCCAAAGGAGAAAAAAAAACGGAAUAUACCAUUACUAUUGCUCAGAAAGGUCAGCCAUGUCUCAUACGGGACAAGGAAUGGAUUUUUGGACGUGUGUCUUUGUGUUUUGUGCGGCGUGGCCGGCUGCUUUGUCCGUGACACGCUACUCCAUUGCGGAGGAGAUGGAGAGGGGCUCAGUGGUCGCCAACCUGGCUGCGGAUUUAGGACUGGAGCUUGGAGGUUUGGCGCAAAGAGAGGUAAAACUUGAUAUUUUCCACAACAAAAAAUACUUGGACGUUAAUAAAAAAACAGGGGAGCUGUUCAUUGUGGAGAAAAUGGACAGAGAAUAUCUCUGCCCCACCAAAACAGCCUCUUGUCUCCUCAAGCUUGACGUCGUCAUAGAAAGCCCUUUACGCAUUUUUAACAUCGAGCUUGGAAUAACAGACAUAAAUGACAACGCACCGCAUUUUAGAAGAGAUAGAGUAGAAUUGGACGUGUCGGAAUCGGCGACCCCCGGGGAGAGAUUCUCCCUCCCUAAUGCGGUGGAUCCAGAUGUUGGCGUUAACACAAUUAAAACAUACAAACUCAGUCCCAGCCAGCAUUUUACCAUUGAAAUCCAAACCGGCACAGAUGGGACUCAGUAUGUGGAUUUAGUUCUGACCACGUCUUUGGACCGUGAGGAGACUGCGGUGCAUAAAUUAAUACUCACAGCGGUUGAUGGUGGGAAUCCGGUACGUUCCGGAACUGCUAAUAUUAUUGUAAGAGUCCAAGACACCAACGAUAACCCGCCUCGGUUUAAGAAGCAGAUUUACACAGUAAAUAUGACGGAGAAUUCUCCAAUCGGAACCACAGUGAUGAAGCUCAACGCUGAAGAUCUGGAUGAAGGUCCGAAUUCAGAGCUGGUGUACUCUUUUACGCUUUACACGUCGGAAAAAACACAAGAUGUUUUUGCGUUAAAUCCCAGCACAGGUGAGAUAACAGUAAAAGGGACGAUCGACUAUGAAGAUAUGAAGUUCUAUGAGAUGCACGUGGAAGCAAGAGAUAAAGGCGACUAUCCUCUCCUGGGUCAGUGCAAGGUGGUCGUCCAUGUUACUGAUAUGAAUGACAAUUACCCAGAAAUCACUAUUCAGUCUGUUAAAAACACGGUGAACGAGGACGUCCCAGUUGGAACUGUGAUCGCACUGGUCGCCAUAAGCGACCGAGACACCGGCGACAACGGAAAAGUCCAUUUAUACGUUCAGGACUCAAUUCCUUUUAUUCUAAAUAAAUCAUCAGAAGGAGAAAUGCAUUACGAGCUCCUUGUGUCCGAGCCUUUAGAUCGGGAAUCGGUACCAGAUUACGAUAUCACGCUCAUCGUGAGAGAUUCAGGUACACCGUCUUUAUCAGAUAACGAAACAAUUACCGUACAUCUGCUGGAUGUGAAUGACAACGUUCCACACUUCCCUCAGUCCUUUUAUACCAUACGUGUGAUGGAGAAUAAUGCUCCUGGCGCCUUGCUCAGUUCGCUCAGCGCGUUUGACCCCGACCUCCACGAGAACCAGUACCUGGUUUACUUCAUCCUGGAGAAGGAGAUAGCCAACACCUCCAUGUCCAUGCUGUUCUCCAUUAACCCGGAGAACGGGAACCUGUACGCGCUGAAGACUUUUGACUAUGAGAUGGAGAAGGACUUUCUUUUCCACAUCGAGGCCAGAGACUCCGGUUCUCCUCCGCUCAGCAGCAACGUGAGCGUCCACAUCAUCAUUGUAGACCAGAACGACAACGCUCCGGUUAUCGUAUCUCCCUGGCGAGCGCACGGCUCAGUCGUAGAAGAGAAGAUCCCCAGAUCCACGGAUAAAGGUUCUCUGGUAGCCAAGGUGAUAGCCUUGGAUGUGGACUCGGUGCACAACUCUCGCAUCACCUACCAGUUCCUGCAGGUGGCCGACGCCACCUUGUUCAGUCUGGACCAGUACAACGGAGAGAUCCGCACCAUGAGGAUGUUCAGUUACAAAGAUCCACGCCAUCAGAGACUGGUUGUUGUUGCCAAGGACAACGGGGAGCCCGCUCUAUCUGCUACGGUCACCAUCAAGCUGUCUACAGUGGAGACUGCUGUGAAGGCCUACUCAGACAUGACUGAGGUGCCUCUGGAAUACGACAUCUUCUCAGACCUCAACCUGUAUUUGGUCAUCGGUCUGGGUUCCGUAUCCUUCCUGCUGCUCAUCACCAUCUUGGUCACCAUCGUUUUGAAGUGUCAGAAGGCCAAGCCCAGCAUGGCGGCCCCCCCGUCCAGGAACAGUGUCAUCAGCGAGAGGAACUCCACCAUGGCAGAUUCCACUCUGGUGUCCAACGAUGCCUACUGGUACAGUCUGUUUCUAGCAGAGACCAGGAAAGGAAAGCUGGUGGUCAGACAGCCUCUGCCAAAGGGCUCCAGAUACAUCGUGUCCAGUAUUCCCAGGAGCACAGGCAUGUCUGAGACCAGCGGUUCUGCUACUUCUACCUUACAGGUAAGCAAAUUCAAUGGUUGUUUAUGGUUAUUUAACCUUGUUAGGUAGCAUUUUUGUGGUUUCUCUUUUUAAUAUUGACACAUAUCCUCCACAAUAAAAGGUGCAAAAAGAAAACUCAGUACAAAUAUUUCCAAAUUUUAACUUCGGGUUGUAAAUAUCUACUUUC